CAGUGCUCACGGCUGCUUACUGUUGCGCGACUUGCGAGAGGCGCGUGCUUGUAAACGUUGUAAACGCUGUGAAGACGUCGCGAUGGUUCGACAAAUUCAUAAUUGAUCCUAGCGAAGAAAUACUUAAAAUGCUGCAGUGUGUUCUCGGACGCCGGGAUUUGUCCGGGCUCCUGCUGGUUGAAGACAGCCUCGAGGAACCUAGCCGUGCCCUCGCACAGUGUUUGAUCACAUCUUGGGUGACGAGGGGUGACAGCAUUCAGGUUCUUUGCUUCGACAAACACCCACAAGACUUUCUCAGGCCGUUUCCAGACAGUGUCAAAGACAAAGUGAAUGUGCUUGACGGCUUUACCGAGCAGUCCUCCCGGAGUUAUGAUUUCUACUCGUGGAUGGAGCGUCUUUCCAGCCAAAAGGAGCCAUUUGUCCUCGUAAUUGACUCCCUCACCACGAUCCUCAUGCAUGAGGACUUUGAAGAUGUCUACAGGGCUUUAAUGUGCCUCUCGAGAAAAGCCUGCAUCCAGCUGGUCGCGGCCCUGGUUCACCAAGACGUCCACGGGGAGCGGGAGGUGGACCAGCUGCGCCGCCUUGCCACCACCACCCUAGCACCGGUGGCCACGGCGGCCGGUCCGCCCCUCUGCCGGGUGGUCCACCGCAAGCCCGGAGGACGGGUCACGCGAGAGGAACAAGAAUUCACCGUGGAGGCGGGGUUCACCAUCACAAACAUUAAAAAAGUGGAGCAGAAAAAAGUGGCCAAGGAAGUGGCCAAGCCGGACCCGGCUGCCAACCUGACGUUCAACCUGCGACUGACCAGCGACGAGAGAGAGGCCAGGGACGGCCUGGUCCUGCCUUACCUCAAGGCACCCUCUGCAGGCGGCAGCGGAGAGAUCUCGUACGUGAUGGAGCGGGAGGACGACUUUGACGAAGAAGACGACCCGGACGACGACCUCGACUUCUGAACCGCAAGGCCAGCCCGCUGCCGAGACGCCCGGCCCAAUUCCACCUCCGGAUGUUUGGUUCUUCCGACGCACGCCACCCUGGUUAACGCGAC